UGCGGUGACCAAUGGCGGGGGGCGGGGGGGCGGCGGGACCGCCCCCGGCCGCAGGUGCCCAAAGCGGGACCCGCCGCGCCGCUCCCGGUGCCGCUCCCGGUGCCGCUCCCGUCCCAUCCACGCGCUCCCGUCCCGCCGCUCCCUCGGUGCCGGUGCCGCUCCCGCCCCAUCAGCGCCGCUCCCGGUGCUCAUCCCGGUGCUGGCCGGUGCGGUGGGCGCGGAUGGCGGCGCGCAGCUCGGGCCCGUGGCUGCUCCUCGCCGCGCUGCUGUGCGCGGCGGCCGAACCGCGCUGCCCGUCGUGCCCGGCGGGCGUGGAGCGGCGGCUGCUGGAGGAGGUGGCCAAGAAGCAGCUGCUGGAAAAGCUGCGGCUCCGCGAUCGCCCGCGGCUCGCCCACGCUGUGCCCCGCGCCGCCGUGACCCGCGCCCUGCGGCGGCUGCAGGCGGGAGGCGCCCGCCGGAGCCCCGAUGUCACCGGCGAGGAGGAGGAGGAGCAGGGAUACGAGAUCAUCAGUUUCGCGGAGACAGAUCUCACAUCUCCCUCCAGUUUGGGGCUGCAAUUCCAGUUCAGCCAAGCGCAGGACCAGGACAUCCGCAUCCUGCAGGCUCAGCUCUGGCUCUACCUGCGAGUGCCCCGGGCCAGCCUCACCCUGAGGAUGUUCCUGGCCGGUGAAGCCGGGGGCAACCGCACGCUGCUGGCGGAGAGGCGGCUGAGCACGGCGGGCAGCGGCUGGCGCUCCUUCCCCGUCCUGCCCGCCCUGCAGAGCUUCCCUGGGGGGCAGAGCCGGACCCUGCGGCUGGAACUGCAGAGCCGCGGGGACGGCAGCGAUGUCGCGGCACAGGUCAAUGCCAGCCGCUCCCACCAGCCCUUCCUGGUGGCCAAGGUGAAGGUGAGGGAGCCCGAGCACCGCGUGGCCAAGCGCAGCCUGCGCUGCAGCCAGAACUCCAACCUGUGCUGCCGCAAGGAUUACUACGUGGACUUCCGUGACAUCGGUUGGAACGACUGGAUCAUCAAGCCCGAGGGCUACCAGAUAAACUACUGCGUGGGCCAGUGCCCUCUGCACGUGGCAGGCAGCCCUGGCAUGGCCUCUUCCUUCCACACAGCCGUCCUCAACCUCGUCAAAGCCAACAACGUGCAGGCGCCGGGGAAUUCCUGCUGCGUGCCCACGCGGCGCCGCCCGCUCUCCGUCCUCUACUUCGAUCGCAACAGCAACAUUGUCAAGACUGAUAUUCCCGACAUGAUUGUUGAUGCUUGCGGCUGUAGUUAGGGCUGGGGGAGCUGUGCUGGGACCCCCCCUUCUCCAGGAUUGUCGGUCUGGUGGAGGGGGAGGGAGCUGGAGAGCUCCAAGGGUCAGCACUCGGUGCAGUCAAUGGACCCUUUGGAAAGGCUGGGAGGGUCCCGUCGGGGGGAGCAGGGGGCUCUGGGGACAUGUGGGACAGAGCCAAGGCCACGUUGGACUGCCCAAGCCUGGGCUGUGGGUGUUGGUGACUCUGGACAUCCCUGCCUGCACCGUUCCCAAGCUGAUCCCACAUUCCUGCUGGUUCCAGGUGGUUCCUGACUCCCAUAUUCCCCUCUUGGUUCACAUUCAGUGUCUGAUGAGGGGUUGGGACGUGGCUUCCUUGGGGGCAGAGGGAGAUGCAGAGACAGAGCUGCUCCUCCACGUGGGAAUCUGGAGGAUGAGGCAAUCCCACUUUUUUCCCUUCUGGAACAAACCCUCCUGCAUCCAAUUCAGGCCUGGUUUUGGGGACAGAUAGAAAGGGGCACAAAUAACAGGCCUGGCAGAGGAGGAUGAAGGGUAGAACUUCAUCAGGAGCCCCAAAACUGCAGUGACAGGACAAAGUUCUCUGAUCCCUGGAGGCCAUGGAGCUGUGAGGACCAAACUUCCAGGUCCUGUGUGCUUCCCCUUUCCCUGGGUUCGUGCUUUCCUCCCCUGCUCCCACCCAUCCAGGUCUCCUCCAGCCUGGUGCCUCUGGCUCAAACUUUGCCUUCAAGACCAUUCUCAGGAUACAGAUUUGGUUUGUGCCACUGGUUUUGCAGCUAUUCCCACUUUCUCAGUUCCUGCAGCUGUUGGGACUCCCUGGUGCUCCUUUCUCUACCAAAGAUCCCACUCUGCCUUCCUCAUGCACCCACAUGGCCUCUGCUUUAAUUUAUUAUCCAACAUUUUGGUGCAGCUUCCCAAAUAAAUGGGUGGAACUGC